GGGCUGGGUCUGGUCAUGGGCCAAGGCUGCGUCUACUCUGGAGCUGAUCUUGCGAUUGUCGACUUGAACAAGGAUGAAGCAGAGUCCCAGGUCGAUGAAUUGAUUGACGCUUUCAGAAAGGAGAACCCGGGAUGCGAAAGACUGCCCCGAGUUACGGCGUACUACGCAGAUGUCUCAAAGCCGGAGUCUGUGGAUAAGUGCAUUCGCGAGAUCCUCAACACCUACCAAAAGAUUGAUGGCCUCGUAACCUCAGCCGGAUUCACAGAAAACUUUGACGCCAUAAACUAUCCAAUUGACCGAAUGCGCAAGCUUUGGGGUGUCAACGUGGACGGCACCUAUCUCUUCGCCGUAGCUGUCGCCAAGCAUCUUAUGGAGCGAAAGGCUCCUGGGAGCAUUGUUUUCAUUGGUAGCAUGUCAGGGGCGAUCGUGAACGUCCCUCAACCACAGGCCCCUUACAACGCCGCGAAAGCUGCGGUCAGGCAUCUUGCUGCGUCAUUGGCCGUUGAAUGGGCUCACGCUGGAAUCCGCGUGAACUGCAUCUCUCCUGGCUAUAUGCUAACAGCUUUGACAAAAAAGAUCCUGGCCGAUAACCCCGAUCUGAAGAAGACUUGGGUGUCUCUCAUUCCGCAGGGUAGGAUGGGUCAGCCUGAAGAUCUGAUGGGCCCUGUCACCUUCUUGUUGUCAGAUGCAGCUUCGUAUGUCACUGGCGCAGACCUUCGAGUCGACGGAGGAUACACCAUCACAUAA